UAUUUGUUAUGCAUUCGCAUGUAGUCGUGGAAAAUAAUGGAUUUUUCGGUUUUACUGAAAGAUUUGCGAGAUGUGGCUGAAAAAUAUCAAGGAAAAGGCACUGAGCCGCAAGUAUCAACGCAUGCCUACGUUGAUAUGUUUACAAAGAUUUUGAAGAGGGCACAGAAAGUUACAGAACAGUAUGAUGAUCAGAUUACAGUGUUGUGGGUGGCACUUAACCAGCUGGCUUCCAUAUACAAAGACCUGACAGCUGGUUCAGCCAGGGACCAGCUCUGUAAAUUCAUCUUUGGGAUGUGUGCAAAAACAGUUCUAAACAUCCAGUGGGCACAGCUUGAUGAUGACAGUAAAGUAAAGAAGAAUUUCUCGACUACGGUGGAAGAUGUUCACAAGAUCUUGUCACAGCUUGGAUUUUACAAGUUUCAGCUGAUACUGGAUCUAAUGGAGAGUCACUGGACACAUCCGGUUCUGAGUAAGAUUAUGUCAGGAGACGAAGAGGACACAGACGAUUGUCUGGAGUAUAUACAGAAGGAAGACCCUGAUAUACUGAAGUUGAGGAUUGAGAUCAUGAUGAAAGAAAAUUGUGAAGAGUUUGCCCUGAAUCUGUGUGACUGGUCAUUGAAACACCCAGCUCUGCAAAAUGAUCUGAAAAUCAAGGAGCACCAAAUCUUCAUACUGUAUAAACAGCAGGAGUAUGGCAAAAUGCAGGAAGUGUGCGAAACAAUAAUCUGUCAUGAUGGUAUUAAAGUUAUGUCACACCUUGCAAAGACGCCAACAAACCAGGAGUUGUGUAUACGUUUGGCACAAGUUUUCCUUAUUCAGGACUGGGUGAAACCAGAGCGCACAUGUUGUACACAGGAACUUCUGAAGCUGUGGAUACAUCAUCAGUAUCUAGCAGACAAAGAUGAGGAACGAUUCUUAGAUAGCAUAUGGACUGUAGCCAAAGUGUGCCGAGAUACUGAGCAGAUUGGUGUACUUAUUGAUGGUGUCAAAAAAGAGUGUGGUGACAUGUUCAUACAGUUAUACUCGGAGUUGUGCAAGUUCGCUAUCAACAUCGACAAGGGCAACAUGGAACGAGAAGAAGUUCAGAAAGACAAAGAAGAGUACAAUAAAAGAAGGCUGGCAAUGUCAAAAACGUGUGUACGAAUGGCAUUCAUGUUAAAGGAGUACGAUUUUAGAAUAUCGAGAAUUUGUGGUUUAACAGCAUUUUCACUCGAUCCCACCAUGGAUAACUUGAAUUUAGUGAAUAAAUUAUACUGGACGAUGAAGAAUGUGUCUGCGGCCUCUCGGAAUAGUAAGAUUAACAUUGCCACAUUGUAUGAAAUAGAACGCCUACUUGGGCAGAUGCGUCCAGAUAGUUUAAACCCAGAACUAAGUUGGAAACAAUUGAUACCAGUGUGUAAGAAAUAUAAGCAAGAUUAUGAAAAUGACAAGAAUGGUAUUCCUAUCAAGCAAAAGGUUAAGAAUGAACAUACUGCCCCACAGAGUGCUACUUUUGAAAGAAAUAAUGAAGUGACUCCAAUGACAAAUAUGCUAAAUGAUGUUAAAAGUGAUAAAGAUGUCACAAAGAACAUAGAUACAGGUCAGAAAAGGGGGAGGAAACCGAAGAACCAAAUACCAAAAGAUAUACAAAAAGCUCAUUUAGCAAAGUUGUUAGGUCAGAAAAAUCUGUCACGACAAGAAAUUGAAAAAGUGCUUAGUAAAGAAUUCCCAAGAAAUGUGACACAAGGUUUUAGUGAAGCUCCAUCAUUGGAUGUAAAAGAGUUAGAUAAGACUAUAAACGAUCUUAAGAAGUCUAUCUAUUUAGAAACUCAGUAUAGAGAAAGAAUUAAAAAUAAUCUGUCGUCUCUUAAGCACUGUAAAAACAGAAGUGAAGAUAAGGAGGCAGGUGCGGAGCAGAAUCAACAUGUUAGUAGGCAUGAAAUGUAUAGGCAGCAGCAGCAAAUGAUUCACAAUAAGAAUGCUAUUCAAAGGCAGCAAAGUGCACAAGCUGGGUCUCCAGCCCUUGGUCCCAUUUUACACAGGCAGCUAUCCAUGGGCAGUCCACAACCUCCGAAUGCCCACAGUCAUCAUCGGCAACAACAGAUGUCGCCAGCAUUUGGUGGAUCUCCACCACCAGCUCAUAGUACAUCACCCCGCUUGUCAUCACCAACAGGUUUUUCCUCGCCCAUGUCACCACCAGCGUUGCGGCCUCACUCUGCUUGCCCCACUAUUCUGAACAGUCGAAAAUCGGGUGCUUUUUCACAGAUGCAUACUACUAGUCAAAAUCGUUCAAGUACUGUAUCAUCCCAGUUGUGCAAUAAGAUUAAAAAUGAACUGCAGCAACAAUCUCAGCAAGUAAAGCUGAUGAAAAAUUCUAAGUUCAAUAUUUUAAGACCGCCUGGAAAUUCGAAGCAGGAGUGUGCGAAAAUUGCACAACAAAUAGCAGAAAUGCAUGAACGUCAAAGAGCUGAAAGGGAAAGAGCAGACAAGCUUGAAAAUGCAAGAAUUCAGGGUCAGAUUGAUGGAGUGAAGGCAGCAUUGAACUCAAGAAAUAUUCCAAGUCGUAGUCAGAUCUCUGACCUACUUAGCAUGACCUUUCAAGGAAAUAAGGGACAGAAAUUGGUAGAUGGACAAAAUGUGACUUCCAUGCAAGGAACUGACAUUAACCAAGGUAAAAGCUAUCUUAAGAAGAAGAUAGAGCGGUCAGCAUCUGUAUCAUCGGUACAGAACUUUGCAUCUCCAGAAUCUGUAAGAAGAUCAUCUGUUCCAAUGCCGAGUCCAAAUGCAACAAGUAUAGGAAAUCCUACUUAUUCCUGCGCUAAUCAGUUGUCAUCCUCAGCAAAUAGUCCUUCCCCUUCCAACCGUAGUCAUUCCACAGGAAGAAUUCCAGGUGUGAACCAUGUUAGCUCUACUAAAGAAAGUGAUUCAAGCAUGCUAGUUCCAGGUGAGCAGGGUUGGGAUCCUUCAAGAGGCAUUAUGAAACAGAAAUACUACUUUAAGCCACCAAAAGAUGGCACAGGGAAGGUAAACACUGGAGAUUCACCACUAACCAUGAAACCUGUAUACUCAAUGAUUGUCCCAAAAGAACUUACAAAUCCAAACAGAAAGGAAGAGUUAGUUAAAACUGUGACGAACAUGAUGAAAAAGUUUCCUAAAGGUGUACAUUCUCAGCAGAUAACCUCAUCUUCUCAGACAGCUCAGACUCCUCCAACAGUAGUAAGAGUACAAAGCCAAAGUCAAACAAGUUCAGAGGAAAGACUUAGCACAGAUGUUGUUAGACAGCAGUUACAGAAUGAUACAAGUCCACAACACGGUCUCGCAUCACAGGAUGGUAUGCAAAAUGCUUCCAGUAUGGUAGAUAACCAGUCAAACUUACAGCCAGUACUCGCAGUGAGUUCUCAGUCAGUUGCACGGAAUUUCUUAGAAGAUGGACUGCUGAAUCUCAAUACAUUAGCUGCUGCUAGUGUCUCAGUUCUUGGACAAAAUUCCAACCAGCAGCAACUUGUUGGCCCACUGCAACUUCCACAACCAGUACAGCAACACCAGCAGCAACAACAGGUGUUUGGUACUUCUGUUAUAGAGUCUCAGCCCAUGUUUUCUCAAAUUCAGUCUGUCCAACAAGUUGUACAACAACCAGAAACAAUUCUGGCAACGCCACUCUACACGAUGCCCACUACAGUUAUACCUGAACCAGUAUUUUCUCCACAAUUAGCAAGUAUACAGUCACAAGUUGAUCUUGGUCUGCAACAGCCUGUAGUGCAGCAAAUCAUUGCUGUACAGAACCAACCAGUAGCCAUGAACAACACACAGUCAUUUGUUAAUGUUGUGAGUCAGCAGCCUGCUUUCCAAGUUGCAACUGUUGAACAAGUUAACUUUGCUGGAGUGACCCAAUCAAUGACAGCUGGAAUGUCACCUUCCUUGUCUGGAGGAAUGACUCCGAAUCCACAUGUCACUGGAAAUAUCACAAACAAUGUGAUAGAGGGGGUUGUACAGUCUGUGACAGGGGACAUAAGUCAGGAUGUCUCAGGUGAGAUGAUACAAUCCAAGAUGAGCAAUCCAGUAGAAACUUUGUCUCCACCAGGAAGACCACUUACUUCAAAACAAUUUUUAGCAGCACCAGAACUUAGUCCAGCACUUGUUCAGCAAAUUUUAUCAAGUCUGAAGAAAGGUGGAACUAGGUCUAACAAGAUAAAAAGUCAGGAUGGAAAACAGACAACUUCCAAAGGGCAAAAGCAACAGUCUCCUGUGACAAACAGCACCACACAUAGUAGUGUUAAAGAGUCUGUUAAAGAUACUGUGAAACAAAUGAUAGCUAGCAGAAGUGACCCUGCUGUAAAUGUGAGUGUUAACGAGGCUAGACAGAAAAUUCUUGAGUUACGGAAACAGUUUGGACAGACAGCAUCAUCUCCUUCAGAACUUCCACAACUGUCAAAUGUUCUGCCAAAUAAACCAGUUUCAGCUUCCCUUUCUAACACUGUGGUAAGUCCUCGCAAAACUGGUGGGCUUCUUGCGCGGCUUAUGUCUGACGAUCAAGAAUUGAAUAAAGUUGGCAAUAGUGUUAAAAACUUGCCAUCAUUUUUAUCACCCUCUCAGUCAGAUAGAAGUAUUACCGACAACCAGACUGCAGCUAGAGACUCCCAGCCAGUUAUUCCAGAGCUGGUUGACUUGGGUGCUAAGGAAUUUCAGUUGGAUUCAAUUUUAGCUCUUGAUAAUGAAAGUAGUGUUGCUGGCGAUAAUGCAUUACAGAAUGACCAGUUUUCACCUGCAAAUCUAGCUGCAAGUGGUACUGAAAUUGUAAAUGAAACCUCAAGUUUUGUUUCACAGAGAGAACCUGGAUUGAGAGGUGAACAAAAACAUGUUUCACAUGGUAAAGGAUUACAGCAACCAGAGUCCUCAAUAACAGCAGCUCCUGCCAACACAGAAAAUAUCUGCAUUGAAAAUCUGCAAAACAAAAAUGAUGACAAACAUCAGGAAUAUGCCCCUCACUGCCAUUCUACUUAUUUUAAUGCCAAUCGAUUAGGUAAAGAGCGGGAAAAUAGAGAUGUGAAAAACCAGCAUGCAGAUUCUGAAGAGACAAAACUGAAAGUAAAUUCUCGGCAAAAAGUGCCGGCAGUAUGUGUGAGUUGUAACUUGCAGUUUCCAACGGAACAGCAUCUGCUUGAUCACAAGAAAAUUUCAAAUUGUGAUCCUAAAUGGCAGUGUGCUUACUGUAAAAUGACUUUUAAAUGCUCAGAAAUUCUGAAAUCUCAUGAGAAAAAUUACUGCUUGAAAGCGCCAUCUACCAUGGUAAAGUGUUGUAUUUGUGGUGUAUAUUUCCAGUCACGUGAACAGUUAAAAGCACAUUUGAAUCCGAAGACAUGUACACCUCAGAAUAUUCAUAAAGAAAAAUCUGAAUUGGUGGAAGAAAUUGUGUGUGGUAUUUGCAAACGGAAAUUUGACUCGAUGAAUUCAAUAAAAGAACAUGUAAAAGCCGGUUGUGUUAAGAAAGAUAACACUUUUUCUAAAGAGAGCAGUUUGCAUAACUAUAAUUUUUCUGUUGCGUUCAAAUGCACAAACUGCAAUUUUAUGAAUCUGAAUGAAAGUAUUGUGUCAAAACAUGUUGAAAAAUGUAAGGAGAACAAUGCCACUGCUGAAUUAACAAAAAUGUAUGAAUGCAAUAUGUGUGAAGAAACAUUUUGUGGCAAAGAAGAUGCUUGUCGACAUGUUUUACGUCAGUGCCCAAAACUCAAAGUGACAAAUUCACAGAAACAAGUCCAGGAUGUAUAUCAGAAAUUAAAAGAUGGAAAUGCCUCUAAAGUAAGCUCAGGUGAAUCUGAGAAACAGGUUGAAUUGAAGAAAAAAAUACAAACUGGAAAGGAAAAGGUAUUAAAUGAAGGUACUGAAAUAAAAGGGAAAGACAGUGAAAGAACUGGAUUGCUAAAAGAAGCCAAUAAAACUGACCGAAUAGAUACUUGUAAAAAUAAAAGAAAUGUUAAAAAAAUGAAUAAGGAAGAUGUGAAAACUGAAUGCAAUAUUCCAAAAAUAUCUGUUGAAAAGGCAACUAAGGGUAGAGUUAAAGUAACAGCUGCUGGAAACAGAGAUGAAGAAAAACCAAUUGGUAAAAUUUCUGAAAAGGUUAAAUGUGAAGACAAAUUGUCAACAUCGGGUGAAGUUAAAAGUGAAGAUCAUAGUUCUAUGAAAACACAGCCAGCUUUGUCAGAAGACCCAAUAGAAUUGGCAGCACAGAUGCAAAAGGUGCAGCGAAUUUCAGCAGAAAACAAGUUUUUUGCAGAAUUUAAUGAAAUAGAAAAAAGGAAACAGGCCAUACGGAUGAAAAAACAGAAAGAAUUGGAAAGGCAAAAGGAAAUUUUGGAAAGAAAGGAAAAGGAGAAGGAGAUAGAACUAGAAAAACAGAAAAAAAUACAGAAAAAGCUUGAAGAAGAGAAAGAAAAGCAAAAAGUAUUAAAUGAAAAGCAGGAAAAGGAAAAACAAGACUUUAAAACAGAGAAAGAGAAAUAUGUCAACAGUAUUCUCGGAACUUCAACGUUAGAGCAAAAGAUGAAAGAAGAUAUUGAAAAAGAAAAGAAACUGAAGAAAAUUCACAGUGACAAGACUAAAGAUGGAACAGUUACAGUUUUAAAUAUUUCUAGACAUGAAAGAAAAGGUAUUCCAAGGCAAAAGAGUGAUACCCUGGAUAAGGUUAUAGUUGAAAGCAAAAAUGCUGAAUCUGCACACAGUGAAAUGCAACAAGAAGAUAAGAAAGUGGCAGAAUAUGUUAUAAAUAAGAAGAAAAGAAAGAAGGAGAAUAUUGAGGAUUCUGAAGAAGAAAUUCUCCCAGAGGAAAAAAGAGUGCUUAGAGAACAUAUUGAAACAUCUGAAAGAAGAAAAAGACAAAGAGAUGUAUUGGAAACAGAGAACACAGAAGGUAUGCAUGUAAAGAUGAACAAGAAGCAGUGGUCCCCACAAGAUAUCAGGAAAAUGAGAGGCUUGCGAGCUAAAAGGCUAAUCAAGAAGAAAAAGUAUUACAUGGAUGAAAUGGAGCCAAUACAUCGAGAUAAGUCCAGAAAAGAAGAAGAGCAGGAAGAGAGAAAUCAAAACAUACAUGGAAUGAAACACAAGCAUCAAAUCGAUAUCAAAACAGACAAUAAAAACGUUGAAAAAAGAGAAAAUUUAUUAACCACAAAAAAACUUGUACGCACCAAAAGUAUAGAGCAAGAGCAUACAAACAAGACAAAAGAAGAUAGCAAACAGAUAUACCGACAUUUAUGUAGGUUUUGUGGCUUGCAAAAUAAAAUAAAGUCUGACCGAAAUCUUGAUGUAAUUUACCACUAUGUUAAAACUCACAAAGUUGGGUUUCAUCAAGCUAAUUAUAAAUACUUCUGUAACUUCUGCAAUAGAAACUUUCCAUCAACACAGACAAUACAAGUAAAAGAUCAUGUUUGUCAGAAUCAUUGGGAAGGUGUUUUACGACGGGUAUCUUCAGGAAAUUAUGAUACUAAAGUUGAGUCAACAAAUAAUAAAUCACUUUCUCCAGCUAAGACUAGAUACUCUUUAAGAGUUCCAGUUAGAACCGCAGCCAAAUCGAAUAAGUCUAAAAAGCAUCUUCGCGCUCUUGCACUUAGAGAGAAGUGUGCUGAGAAAUUGAGAAAAAUUGCUCUCACUCGCAAAAACUGUAUCAUAAACUACAGUGAUUUUGAUGAAGAUAGCUCAGUUCCUUUAAGCUCAAAUCAUUCCACUGAUACUGAAUCUCUAUCAAGGGAAGAACGCAUAGCAGAUGUUAGUGCAAAAAUUGCCUCAAUAUCAUAUGGAAAGAAAGGAAAUGAUACUGAUCUUGGACCUGAAAUUAAAGACGGACGAAGAAUUGCACCAAGAUUAGCAAGACGGAUGGUUAAAGGUAACAAAGCUUGUUCUAGUGAAGAUGUGAAGAAACCUUCUGACAUAGAUGAUUCAAGUGAUACACAUGUGAUUACUAGAUCAAGAUCAAGUUCAGCAAGUAGCAGCAGAUCAAGUCUUAUUGCUUCAGCUAAAAAGAGGAAAGCUGCAAUUGCCAUCUCAACCAAAGCAGCUUCAAAAUCUCGACAAAAGCAGUCUGAUGGAGGGGGUAAAUUAUUUACCAGAAGUGGCAGGACUGUGAAACGACCAGAAAUGGAUUAUGAUAAACUUACUGAAUCUUCUGCACUGGGGAGUGGGGAGGAUAACUCUGAAUUAGAAGAUACAGAUAUACGGAAAAGAAAGUCAACAAGGAUUCGAAGAUUGUCGGAGAAGGGUAAAUCUUUACGUGGUACAAUUUCAGACACGGAUGAAAGCUCUACAGAAGAGGUAAAGAGAAGAGUUACUAGACAUUCUUUGUCAAAAGUACAAAAGGAAAAUGAUGAUAAUGUCUCUGACUCUCAGAACCUGGAUGAAGGAAAAAACAUGAAUGGAACUAAAAGAAUCCGCACAGGACAAAGUCAUGUUCACAGGUUGAACAGUGAGUCAGUAGAGCUUAGGAGUUUAAGGAAGAAAAUAAGUGGCAAGGGAAGGGAAAGAGUUGUUAAAGGAGAAAGAGUUAUCACUAGACAGAUUUCAAAAAACGAAGACGAGUCCGAUUCCGAAACCGAAAGCAAUUAUACAGAUAUUGAACAUGCAGUUAAGAUGCUUGGUUUAAAAAGGAUACAGAAAGCAGCAAUCAGAAGUGCUGAAUCGGACUCUGAAAGCACUUCUGAAGAAGGUGAUAGUAGAGAUAGAAAGUACAGGCUUAGAAAAAGACAUUUAAAUAAAAAGUAUAGAGAAUCUGAAAGCUCAGACGAGGAAGUAACUAAAACAAAAGAAAAGUUCAAAGUAAAAGGUGAUGAAGUUUCUGAUUUUGAGCCAUCUGAAGAAUGCAGUGACCUAUUUGAUGACAAUACGAAAACAAACAAACUAGUAGAAGAAGAUAGUUUAGUGCAGAGAUGGCCUAAAAUUUCUGACAAGGUGAAAGGCAAAGUAAAUUUGAGAAGUGAUAGUUCUGAUUUUGAAAAUGAUGAAGAAAAAACUUAUUCUAAAGCUGAAAAGCCAAAGACUGUUUUGAUUGGCCCAGAAGAUGAUGAUGAUUUGAAUGUAGAUUAUGGACUCUCCAAGGAAAAGCAAGAUUUUUAUUCAAAUUCUCAUGUGAAUGAAUUAAGUUCAGAAAAUCCUGGAAAUACUUCUGAAGAACAUGACGAUCAGUCCAAAGUAAGAGGUGUUGAUGAAGUUAGCAACAGCGAUCAUGAUGAAAUAAUUGACUCUAAAACAAGAACAGUUUUAAUCAGGCCAGAAGAUGAAUUUGCAGGAUUGGAGACAUCUCCAGCAAAAAGUCUUGAAAGAGAGAAAAGUGCAGAUUCAGAAAUUAUUUCGAAAAGUGUAGGUGAAAGUGAGACUGAAGUUGAAUCAAAUAUAUUGCCUGCUACAGUUAUGGAUGAAGAUGAAUUUGAAUUCCUAAAAAAUGACCAGAUGCUUACUGGAUCACAAUUUGGAACAAAUGAAAAUCAUCUUAAUUCAUCUGCCAGUUCAUCAAGCAAAGCAGCAUUUGAUUCAGAAUUCAUUAAAUAUGCUGAAACAAAAGAUCAAGAUGAUGACACAGAUUCAGACGCAGCUUUCCCACAGAAUUUUAUGGAGAGGUCACCUACAAGCAGUGAAGGAAGGGUUGAAAAGGAUCCAAGGAAAGAGAAACUUGAAAUUGAAAUUCCACCACUAGCUGAAGAUGUCCCAGUUUUACCACCAAGGGAUUAUUUUAAUGACAGUAAAAAGUCACUUAAAGCAACAUUUAAAAAUAGUGAGAUAAGGGAAGAAAUGAGAAAUACAAAAUCACUGAAUACUGAGAGUCAAGAAAUGUCUAGAGUGAAGAUACUGAAGACUGCAAGGGUUGUCAUUGAAGAUAUAUCUGUUGUUAGAAAGGCCUUAGAAAUAGAAAAUGCUGAAAGAAAAUUAAUUGAGGAGUGUGAAGCCUCAGACUGUUCAGUUAGAAUUGACAGAUUAUCAAAGGAAGAGAUUGAAAAACAUUUCCCAAGCUCUAGUAAUGCUGCCAAUGAAAAGAAUGAAGUUGAAGUUAUCUUGAUUGAUGAAAGUGAUGAAGAAAAUGUCAUCACAAAAGAUGGAAAGGAACACAUUGAAAGGAAAAACCAAAAUAAUGCACUUGAUAAAAAGAUCAAGAAAGAUGAUACAGAAACUGUUAAUGCAGUCAAAGAACAAUAUGAAACACUGAUACAAGACAUUGUCCUUGAUGGCUCAUUUAUAGACCAACUUCUUAUUAGCGAAAGUGUUAAUGAGGUUCAUCCUGUACAACCAGAAAAAGGAAAAGAUGCUUGUAAUCUUGAAACUACUGAAUGUGUACAGAUUGUAGUAGAAAGUAGUAACAGUCUGCAAAAUAGUUUGAUAGCUGUGGAUGCUCAGUGUGAUACUAGUGCCCAGAGUGAUGCAAAUGAUGAAGUCAGUUCCAAUAAUGUUAUUGUACUGAUAGAUGAUAGUGAAAAGGGUAAUGUAAAGAAACCUCAUCCGGAUGAAACUGAAAGCAGGAAAGAAUCAGAGGAAGAAGUUUGGGUUGAAAAUGCAGAGACUUACGCAGAAACUCCAAAAGAUACUGAAAAUCGGGAAAACAAUACUUUUAAGUAUACUGUGGUAAAAUCAGAUGACACAGAACCAAUAAAUGAACCAGAUUACUCUGAUUUAUCACAGCAUACAAUAGUCUUAAGUUCUACGGAUGACACCAUUGAGAGUAAACAACAUGGAACUGUUUCUCAGGGAGAUGAAAUUGCAGUGUGUUCCAGUGAUCAGUGUGAUAAAAAUAACCAGAAAUCAGGUAAAAUCCUAGAAAAAGCUGAGAAGUCGGAAAACAUUAUUACAGACAAGGCAGAUUUACUUUCAAGUCUUGUUGAAAAUAAACAGACAGAAAAAAGUAGUAUGAAACUUACUGCUACUGCUGCUGAUAAUUUUACAGAAGAUGUGAAAAAUAGACCAGUUACUAUUAAUCCGAAUACUCAGACAGAAGUUAGGAAGCAAGAACAUGUUUUAAAUCGUAAUGAUGAAAAUAGAAACACCUUAGGAUUGGACAAAGAAAACUUACAGAGCCAAGAGGUUCUGUCUGAUGUUAGCAUGGAACAAGAGAUGAAUCCUAGUGUCCGCUCUAAUAUUGAAGCAGAAGUUGGAGCUGAACAAGCUGGAAAUAACAAAGAAACUCAACAAGAUGACACAGAUACCACAAGUCACCCUAGCAAGAAUACAGAUCUAAAUGAAGAACUCAAAAUUGAUGAAGAACAAAAUGAAACCUCAGGGGAAGUGCAAACUGAAAAUGACACUGGAUCUGGUACUGAGACAGAAGUUAGGAAGCAAGACUUAGUUUUCAGUUGUAAUGGUGGUAAUAACGUCUCUUUAGAAUAUGUCAAAGAGGAUUUACAGAGGCAAGAGAUUCAAGAGUUGAAUCUCAAUGUUAGAAUAUGUGUUGAAGCAGAAGUUGGAGAUUAUGACACUGAAGUCACUCCACAGGAUAUAAACAAACAAAAUGAUACAAAAACUACAAAUUCAUCGGUUAAUUUUACAGAUCUGAAUAAAUUAUUCAAAAGUGGUGAUCAAGAUCAAAAUGAAGCCUUAGGAGAAGUCCAAAGUGAAAUUAAAGCUGAAGCCAAUUCCGAGACAGAAAUUGGAAAGCAAGACAUUAUUUCUAAUCCUGAAAUUGAUGAUGAAGUCUCUUUUGAAUUUGGAAAAAAGGAUUUACAGAGCCAAGCUAAUAUUUGCAUAGAACAGGAAUUGAAUCCCAAUGUCUGCACAAGUGUUGAAGCAGAAGUUGGAGUUUACGACAAUGAAGAAACUUUACAGGACGUUAAUAAAAGAGAUGUCGAAACUAUGAUUCCCGUGAGCAAUUUUUCAGAUCAGAAUAGCACUAUCAAACCCAAUGAAAAAGAAUGGAAUGAAACCGCAGGGGAACUGCAAACUGAAAAACAAAACAAAACUGCAGGGGAAGUGCAAACCAAAAAGAGCAGUGGAGUUGAUAUACAGAUUGAGUGUGAUUCUAACAGUGAUAAUAUUGGUGACAUGUUUGAACACUUUACUUCCUCUCAGAUACAAGGACAAGUUGAAAUGGAAAUAACCCCCAAAGGUUCUUACCGGGCACCUAUAGAAGUAGAAAAAGUAAUUGGAACUACUGUCAAGAAUGAUUUGGUAUCUUCUGUUGGCCCUGCUGAGACAUUUAUAGAAACAUCUUCACCAGCCAUGGAAAAUGGUUCAGAAGAAAAAAGUGUACAAAAUGACCAUCUGAGAGAAGAUAUGAUUACUCAUAGUGAUGAAACAAGAUUCCCCAGGCAGACAGAUGAAAAUCAAGAUGGUCAGAAUAUUGAAUCAACUAACAAGGAUAGUUCCGAUUUAAAAGAAACGGACAAACCACUUGCUGUAUCAGAUUUAACAGACUUGAAAUACAGUAAAGUGGAAGAUGAGAAUGUUGUUGAUUCCUCAAAAGAAAGUUUUGUUAUCGUAGAAAAAUCACUAAAUGAUGAAACUGAUGUUGGUAAAGAUAAAAAACUUUCCAUUUUGGAUGUUUCACCUGAAGAUGGACAGUCUAAGGUUGAAGGUAAAGAUGAUACUCCUCUUGAAUCUUCAACAACUGAAGACAUUGUUCCAGUUGAAAAAAAUUUGAUUAGUGAGACUGACCAUGGAACAGACGCAGGGUAUCAUUUAGAACAGGAACAGAACAUAAAAUCCAAAGAAGACUGGAAGCCCAUAAAUGAAACUGCAAUGCAAAGUGCUUUUUCACCUCAAGAAAAGUGUUACCAGGAAGUGGAUGUAUUUGAAGCAGCAGCAGAUGUUUCAGAAAAAGACCUGACCUCAGCUGAAGGAAACAGUGACAUGACAACCAAAGAUGAUACACUAUUUUCAGAUUUAGUACAAGCAACUUCAUGUUACCAAAGUGAAGAAUCAAAUGAUACAAGUAAACUUGUUGCAACAGGAGAUAACAAUAGUAAAAAAGACAGUAUAACAGUGUACAGCAUUAUACAGGCAGUUGAUCAGAAUAGUAAAGAACCGGAAGCAGCCGCAAAAGAAAAGGAGGAAACAGGGAGUAGAGAAAGAAAUAAUGAACAAAUGAAUACAGAAAUCUUAAUUGCUAGAAGUGUUGAAUGUGAAAAUAAGCUUUUUCAUGUAGAACCACCUUCUGGAAGUGCUGAUGUGAAAAGCAUGACAGAACUAAAUACUAAUAUGGACGUUAGUGUAGACUCUGCUGACCAGAAUAGAUCUGAAAGUAAGUUUGAUAUAACUACAAGUGAAAACAAAGUUGAUAUAUGUGUUCCUACAGAUAAAGAAACAGAAACAGAAGAACCAGCAUCUUUCUCUGGAGAAAGGCUGGAUGCAGUAGCUUCAACACCUUUGUUUGCAAAGACAGAAGAUACUGCUGUUUUAGUGAAAACUGUCGAAAGGAACAAAGAUGAAGAAACAGUAAAGGGGACUGAAAAAGAAUGUUUCUCUGGAUAUAUCCAGAAUAUGCAAAAGGAAAAUAUAUCAUCAGUAAAACAAUCCACUGCCAAGUCAGAUGUUUCAGAUCAUUUGACGGUGUGUAAUGAAAAUGUUGGUGAAGAAAUGGACAAAAGCGAAAAUAUUUCAAAUUCCUCACUACUUGCAUUACAGUCCUACUCUGAUUCUGAUAGUGAAGAGGAAUCUGAGAAUUUGAUGAAGGUGGUUAAAAGUACAAGAAUUACAGAAAGCAGUACUUGUUUUGGAGAAGUCAGUCAGCCAGAUAAACAGCAAAGUGUUGAGUCUGUAACAAAUACUCUACAUGAUAUUAAUGUACAACAGCUAAAAAUAGGUGAAGGAGAAAGUGAUGUAACUGAACAGUUACAAAAUAAGAAGUAUUUGAAGCCUGGUGUUGCAGAAUCUGAGUCUGUAUCAGUUCCUCUGUGUGUUGAUUCUAGGUUUGCAGGUAUAAAUGAAUCUUGUGAAGAAAAUAAUGAGAUUGAAACAUUUGACAAUCCAGUUCUUGUUUUUCAGGAAAAUGAAGUACAUAGCACUACCUGUGUAAAAACAGAAAACAGGCCUGAAUUAGUUCAGAAUUCUAAUUCUGUUGUUGCUUUUGAUUGUGAUACAGUUGAAAGUGCUGAAUCAGUGUUGAUGAUUAAAGAAAGUGAAACACAUCACAAUGAAGAUGAAUCUAAGACUGCAGUUGAUGCUGAUUUAUGUACUGAAAUGGUAAAAAAUCAUUGGGAACAUGUUUAUGACUAUAAUAGUAAAACUGUAGUGAACUUUAAUAGUAAAACUGUAGAAAACUUAGAUGAAAAUGAAAUGAAAUGCAAUACAGAUUCCUAUUCUGAAAGAACUGUUGAAGAAUACAAAAUUUCUAGUAGUGAUACAGAAACUGACACCAGAUUUCAACAAGGAGCAGUACAAGCAGAGUGCCAGGAGAUUAUAAUGGAGAAACAAAAUGAGAUCUAUUCAAAUAUGAAGGAAAAAAUGAGGUCCGAAACUGAUGUGAUUGAACACAUUCAGCAUGUAGAUGAAAUUGGUCAAGGAAGUGAUACACAUGAGAUCAGUGAAGUGAAAAAAGAUUUUGAAAAUCCAACAGAAGUUUCUGACAUAAAUGUGGAAGAUACAGAUACAAGCAGAGAGACAGAUUUUUGCAGUGUGCUGUCUGUGAAAAAAGAGAACAGAAUUUCUGUGUUAGACAAUACAAAAUCAAAUGAAGAAUCUACAAGUAUAGUAAAUACAGAGACUUCACAUGAAACUGAUACACUGCAAACUAAUGAAGAGCAUACAUUGUACAGGAAAAUUGAUCCAGAUGAAAAUGUUCCAUCACUUGAUCUGCUGAAACCAGAAUUGUUACAAAGUUAUUUUAGUGAAACAGACCAGGGUAAAUCAGAAGGGAAUGCUGACAUUGUAAAAUCUGAUUUAGUCCUUUUAGAGGACAAUGUUCCUGAUAGCAUUCAGGAAUUGCAUUCUGUUGUUUCAGAAGAAAAUGUUUCUGCGGGUUUGAUUGUACAAAACACAUUUGAGGAUGAAAAAGAAUCUUUCGGCCUAUUAAAAGUGGAGUUUGAACAACAGAAAGAUAAUGUAGAAAGUGUUAAUGAUGCAGAUUCAGAGCCAGAAAACACAUGGAUAGUGAUAGAUGAAUGUUCAAGAUCUCCUGGCAAUGACCAGGUGGAGAUAGAAAGUAAAAAUCCUAUUCUUAGAACAGUCCGCCAGACAAGUGUUUCAAGUUCUUCAGAUAUCAGUUUGAUUUCAUUUCCAGAAUAUGAGACAGAACAUAGUGAGGAAAGCAAUGAAAAGAGAGAAAAUGUAAUUGAAAGUGUGACUGCAGAAGUUGCUAAUAGUGCUGUAACAGAUGAAGUUAGGGACAGUGAAAAUGAGUUAUCCUCUAAAGAAGAGUCUAAACCUGAAAGCUAUGGUACUUCAGAAAUGGAAUGGAUUGAACCUACACCUGAUGAAGUUUCUGCUGAUACUGAGAAACAAAACCGUGAAAAAGAAUGUAGUGCUAAUUCCUCCUAUCCUCUUACAAGAGAUAAUUUGAUUACAGAAAAUGUUGAUGGCAUUACUAAAUCGCUCAGUAGUCAUAAUGAUGAAAUAAAGAAAGUUAACUGUGAUGAAAGUAAAAAUAUCAGUGUUUCUUUUGAAGUCAAAAAUCCUGGAGUAAACAUAAAUUCUGAGAAGAAUGAAGGGAUAAACGAUAUAAAUACUGCAGUCCCUGAAAUGAUAACUAAAGAUACCUCAGAUAGCUCUGGAAAUGUUUUGAAAGAAACUCUGGUCACGAUUGAGGGAACUACUAUCGAUUUGUGUUAUAUGAACAAAGAAAAGACAGAAAUAAAAUGUUCAGAUAGCACAGAUAUGAUACAAAAACAUAAACUAAAGGAAAACACUUCUUAUGAAGUCCCGUCAGCAGGUCAAGUACUUUCUGAUGAAAAAUUUGAAUGUGAUGUUGAAAGCAAAAAUAAAAAUCUAAAGACAGUUGACUCAGACUCUCCUAUAAUGAAUAAAUCUGAAGCUAAAGAUGACUCGAAUAUUGAACUCCAGAAAAUAACAGGUACUGAAGGUACACAUUUAAAUGAAAUGGCUUUGAAUGAUACAAAGAAAACAGAAGUUUCAGAGGAAGUCUGUCCAACUGAAGAUGUUUUAAAUGUUAAAGAGUUGACUAGCAAUAUAAGAAAGACUAGGAGUCGGUCAAGGGAGCAGUCUGUAGAAAUUGAAAGUCUGCAUGAAAAUAAAAGACAGAGAAAGGAUUCCAUAGAAAAUGCUACAGAGAAGAAAAGGUUGAGUAGAUCGAGAAGUAAAGACUUAGAUGAUACAGAAAUUAGUCAUCUAUCAAAUAAGAGUAUUGAUGAGCGUAAACAGACAAGUAAUGGUGAAAAGGGUGCAUUGAAUAAGGACAAGAUAGUUGAACAAAAGGAAGUGUCAACAGUCUUAGAUAAAAGUCAGACAAACAAGAUUACAGAUGCCAAAGAGGCCUCAUCAAAUGUGAUCAAGAUAGCUAUUGAUGAAGGUGGUGAAAAAAGUGUAACUGGAAGUGUCAUUCAUACCAACAGAAGUGAAUCAAAGGUUCCUAAAGAUGACAGUGAGAAAAAUACAACCAACUUUAAAAGUUCAGGAAAAAUAGAUAAGGAAACAACAAAGUUAGAAACUGACCAUGAGAAAAAUACUGUUCUGGAUUACAAAGAAAGUACUUUAUCACAGGAAAUUAUUGAAUCUGGUGAAGAAGACCCAACACUAGAUAAAUGGGUCAAAGAAAUAAUAAGUAAAGAAACAGAAGAAAAACGGGAAGUUUUUGAAAUUCCUAGUCCUCGCCGUAAAGGAAUGAUUGUUGGUGCAACUUGUCUUCAUAAGAAACCAGAAAAUCCUUUUGUUGACACUAGAAGUUUUAAAAAAGAUGGAAGUCUGAAAAAAGAGGCAAAUGUUGGUAACCAGACUGGAAUUAAAAAGGUAUACAUAGGGAAAGAUAAAAUUGUGGCAAUUCAAAAUAAAAACAUGCGAACUUUAGAAAGAAAAUCUGUAGCACAAAGUGAAAGGAAAAGUGAAAGGUCUAGUCGAGUAGAAAUGUCAAAAAGUAGAGCACAAAACAAUUUAAAGCCCAAAACAACUAAGAAUGUUCAGAAACAAAGUAUCAGUGGUUCAAGAAAUAAAGUAAGUAGUAAAUUAAGUCUUGAAAUGGAUCAGAGGGAAAAGAAACAUACUGUAAAUGAUGCAGGUGUAGCAGCAAAAGAUGAACCUUCAAAUAUUUGCAGGGAGACAAAAGAAAAGCAGACAUGUCCAAAAGGUAAAGAUUUGUCUAAAAAGACUGAUGGCAAUGAAACAUUGAAUAUUUCCCUGGAACAAUUUCAGGACACAGAAUGUAUAGCCAGUAAAACAGAUGACAAAAAUUCUGGUGGCCAAAAGCGUACACUUGGUGAAGGAAGUGCUAAGACAGAAGUAGUGAAGGCAGAAAUGAAAGCAAAAUUGGCUUUGCCUUCUGAGUGUCAUAUAAGUAAAGAAAGUGAAAUUUUGACCAAAAAAAGUACAGAUGGACUAGUUGAUAAAGACACGAAUGGUAAUGAAGUGAUCCAGCGUGAAGAUGAAACUGAUGAAGAAUUUAGGAGAAGAACAGAAACCGUUAGGUGUGCAAGAAGAAAGUCUUCAGUGAAAUAUGAAUUUGAUUUCGAUUUUGAGGGGAAUGAAAAUAAUAAAAAAGAGACUAAUACAAAAAUCACACCAUCAACGUCGUUCUGGCCUUCAGAAUCUGAAAACAAUUUAGAAAGUUUUGACACUGCAAGUUUGUUUAGUUCAUCAUCAGGAAGUAGUGUAAAUACAGGUGGGGUUAAAGAAGGGAGGUUGAAUGUAAUAGCAAGAUGUGCAAGAGACUUCGGUAAGGAUGAAUCAGUAAAACCAAAAAUUAUUCAGCUACAUGUACCUCGAACAAGUGUACCUGUUUUCACAUGUUCCUCACCAGAAAAAACAACUGUGUCAACCAUGGCAGUAAAAAUAGUCCAAACAAUGGGAAAAAGUGUUGUAAAGACAGCUCCAAGUCCUGUGAAAUAUCCUAGACAACAGUGUUCUAAUCCUGUUACAGCAAGUAAAAUAAAAGUGCUUGACAAAAAUGUGCUUUCAAAUACUCUCCCUGCAAGAAUUUUGAAGGUUACUGCAUAUAAGUCUUUGCCCAAGAUAUCUAAAUCAAUGACAUUAACUUCUAGCAAUAUAGAUAAGACUGUAAAGAAAUUAACAAAACAAGUGAAUAUAGGAAAAAAAGCUCCAGCAGAAAAACAUACGCAGCGUUCGUUGAUUCAGAAAGAGAAAAUGAAAAAGCUGAACGAAAUUAAGAAAUUAGACAGCAGCACACAACUAAGCUUUGUUGGAAAAACUGAUGAAAAUUCCCUGCAGGAAGCUUUUGAACCAACUGAUGAAACAUUAUGUAAUAAAGGAAAAGCUUUGCGGGCUUUACAUAAAAGUCAUAAACCAUUCAAGUGGGAAAAUUCACCUAGCCCGCCUAAAAAACUACGGUCUAAAACUAAAAACAGUGAAAACCACAGUGUAGGUGUUCCAAGUAGCGAAAGUACCAAUACUGACAAAGAGUCUAAAAAUAAACCGGAAACUAGGAAAACAAGAGAAAAGUCACUUAAUCAGGAUCAAAUAGCAGCCCAGAAAAAUGUAACAGAGAAUAGAAAGAAAGGUAAUGAUGGCUCAUCUAAAAAAGCUAAUGAGAAGGAGAGUAUAUCUGGAAAGAAGAAGACUGCAGUAGAAGGACGGAAAACAAGACAGAGGGAACCAGACACCAUUGAACAAGAUAAUGUUAAUCUCAGAAGGACUAGAUCAAGAAGUGGUUCAAAGGAUAAUACAAAAUUCAAUGAUGAAAUAUUUUUUAAUAAACUGAAAGAAGUAACUGUAAGAAGUAAGAAGCAGAUCCAGGAUAAAGUUGAUACUAAAAAUUCUAGUGCUAAAACGAACGAAAAUAAUUCAAAAACUGAAACUAGAAAUACGCCAGUUAAAAAUAAGAAGAGUCCAAUGAAACCGAGACAUGAUGAAAGAGAGAAAGAUAAGUUAAAGGAAACUAAAAAUGCUGAAGUAGGAACAAAUGAAAUUGAAGACGUUAAAACCAGAGUACAGAAACGUAAAUCUGAGGGUGAAAAUGUACAAAAAUCUAAACAGACAUCAGGUGAAGAACCUGCGACAAAAGUUUGUAAAUUAGAUGGUACUUCUAAUAGUCCAGAAAAGAGGGAGAUACCGAAAUGUGCUCACAAAAUCAACAUUCCCGGAUGUGAUCAUUGUAAAGGUAAACAAUCAGAGAAUCCAAAACUUGGAAAAGAACAAGUUCGCCCCGCUGUAAGACAAAUUAUUCAUAGAGGGAGAGUGUUUGAAAUUCAGAGAGGAUGUGUAACAGAAACUGAUAUUCAGAAUUUUAAAAGAAAACCCAGAUCUGUUGUAAAUGAGCCAUCAAGUACAUCAGGUGAAGAUCCAACAAUGAAAAGAUCAAGAAGGAUCAAUGAGAGACGAAAAAGAGCACAUUCUCCUGAGGACAUUGUUGAUAUAAAUAUGAAAGACAAUACUACCGAGAUUGGAAUGCAGGAUAUAAACAAAUAUAUAAGCCAGACUUUGAGAGAUAUCAAGAAGCAGCGGGAAGGUAACACAAAUUCAAAAUGGACUGUUAGACAGAAGAAGAGUACUAAAGAAGCUUUUCCAUAUUAUUUUAAGAAAGCUAAUGCCAAACUUUGAACUGUGAUUAACUUAACAAAAUCUAAAAUGUGUAAGAAGUGGUUAGUUUAAGUGUAUCUUAUUGUUAGGUAUUGAUUAAUUUAACUAUAGUAUUUUGAAAUUAUUAAUAGUAUUGUUAUGAAAUUUUGAUGUUUGAAAAGAAAUGAUUUUUUAAAUAUCAAGGGGACAAAAAAGUUUGCAUAAAUGUGUAGAAACCAAAAUAAUGACGUCUGCAUAUUUUUAGUAAUCGAAAUACAGUUUACGUACAUAAGUGACUGCUAAAAAAAUAAUGGAUUUUAUCAGAUGAUAUCUCCUAUUUAAGUGUACAUGGUGAAUGGCACAGUUGUAUUUCAUAAAUGUUUUAGGAAUAUAUUUGUCUACAUCCCAGGUUAAAUGUUCUUAAUUUGAACAUGACUAGUACUUACUGAAAUACGAUAAAAAUUAUGUGCAUGCAUGCAGUAGCUCUGCUAAAGCAAAAAAAAAAAACAGGUCUCAAAAAAUUUGCAAAUACACAAGGAACAACUGGUAACAUCCAUAAACCUUCAGCCAUUUCCAUUUUUUGUUUGGCCAGACUGAGCACAAAAUAAUCCACCUGUGAUUGGCGGGAAUUAAUGUCCAAACGAAUAUCUGAAUUUUCUUACACAUGCCGUCUGAGCUUAAAAUGUUUGAAACAUGAAAUAUACGGAAGUUAAAGUAUAAAUUCACGUCUGUCAAAAACUGUAUUUAGAACAAAGAUUAAUGAUAGUGUUAGCUGAAGCCACAGAUAUUUUAUGUUUUAUGUACAGCAGAGACCAAAAAAAGAAUCAUUUUGCCUUGGCCAGAUCAAUUAUAAGCAAAAACAUAACUUGUAAAGUUGAGAAUAGCAAGCAGUGGCUGUGGGAAUUUUUAUUCAUGUUGUAUCAAAUUAAACUGGUGUUUAGUAAUAUGUCUCCCACCACACAGUGGUGUGGGAGACAUAUUGAUUUACUCCUGUCUGUGUGUGUGUCUGUCACAAAUCUUAUCAAACAUUUCUUAUCCGAUCUCUCACCAAACUUGAACAAAAUGUGUUUGAUUAUAAGUCCUCGGCCAAGUUCGAUAACUAGCCAAAUCGGCCCAGGCACUUCAGAAUUAUGGCCCUUGAAGUAACGAAAAUCAACCUUUUUACUCCUGUCCGUACUCUUUUAAGUUGAACAUUUCUCAUCCGAUCUUCACCAGACUUGAACAAAAUGUGUUUGACCAUAAGUCUGCAGCCAAGUUCGAUUACUAGCCAAAUCGGCCUAGGCACUUUGGAAUAAUGAGAAUUACUCGAAAAACUGCAAAAUUAGCUUUGUCCGCCCACUAAAUCAAACAGUUUUCAUCUGAUCUUCACCAAACUUAGUGACAAUGUUUGUGGGCAUGAUUUCUCGGCCCAGUUUUAUAACCGCCCAAAUUGCCUUAGGCACUCUUCAAUUAUGGCCCUUAAAUUACUCGAAAUCUGCGAAAUUAGCCUUGUCUGUUCAAACAGUUUUGAUCCGAUUGUUAAUUUCAUCCCACAUGGAACCUCACAAAUUCCUUGAUGCCUUCUUAAUUUUCUUUUGGGGGUCGGGUUAACAAGCCAUACAACACCAGCGUUAUUACCUUUAUGAUACAUAACUGAAUAUUUAGAUGGGCAUAUUUUGUGACUGUCUAGCACUCUUAAUGUCUGUAUUUUGCUCGUAUGAGGAGGUUUGAAAAAGUUUUGAUAUGGGGGCUAUAUCAUUCUGUUUUACCUUCUGACAUUGUGCAUGCAUGUAAUUUGAUCUAUUGUAUAUAAUUACUAAAUGCUAACAAUUUGUCAUUUUGAAAUUUUAAAGCUAUAGUUCUUAAGAAGUAGGAAAGACUUAACACCAAGAUUCUAUAAUUUGUUUUGUCCUGUAGAACAUGUACUUUCUAUGCAGUUUUAUAUAUUAAUAUGCGUUAUCUUAUAAUUUUGGUGAUUUUGGUCUUUGAAGAAGACUUACAGUUGUAACUAACAAUUUAUAAUUUUAUGACGAGAAAAUUAUUCAAGAUAAACUUUCAUGAUAUAUAGUGGGUAUAAAACUUCUUACUAAGCCUAAGUUCUGUUGAAAUCAAAGUUAUUUUUUUUUAAUCUUACGAUUGGAAAUGUCGAUGAAAUAUUUAUGAUACUGUAAAAUCAUUUAAUUUUGAUGGCCUAAAAUGUCAUUAUUUUAACAUGAUAACAUAAUUGAAAUUUGCGGGACAAUUUCAAGGGGAGGACACCUUCAAAAUCAAUAAAAAUUAAUUCUGCAUAAUUGAUAGUGAUUUUACAGUAUCAUGAAAAUAGAAAUUUCUUAGUGAACCAAAUGUGUGGCACCAUGAGAAAACCAACAUAGUGCAUUUGCGACCAGCAUGGAUCCAGACCAGCCUGCGCAGUCUGGUCAGGAUCCAUGCGGUUCGAUAACGGUUUGGUUACAAUAGGCUUUGAAAGGGAACAGCAUGAAUCCAGACCAGACUGCGCGGAUGCUGGUCGCAAAUGCACUAUGUUGGUCUUCUCAUGGCGCGGCUCAAAUGAGUUUCAAGACAAGUGGAUUUGUAUUUUUGUCUUACUGGACAAUAUUGGGGUUUAUGUUGUCCUGUGGUUAUGCAUUUGUAUGUGGGAUAAAUAUAUUUCAUUGUUUGGCACUAUGAAAUUUGAAGUCUGUAAAUAUAUUGAUCAGGUUUUAUUUUAAUGGGUAAAAGCUAAAAGGGGACUUCCAUAUCAUUUGUUUUUUGCCACAGUAGGAUAAAAUUGCACAUUUGUUGCUUUGUGUCACAAUAGGAUGAAAUACAUCUACUGAUGCCAUCCAUGUGACUUGCUGAAGGUUGGUAGUUCUACCCAGGGGGCCUGUUUUACAGAAAUAAUGUUGAGAUAUGCACAUUGGUUCAUCUUCCAGUAAUAUGCUGUGUAGAUGUUGUGGUGUGAUGUUAAAUCCAACGUAAAUAAUCGGAUAACAAAAAGCUGUACAGUAAAUAGUUGAUUGAAAAAUCUUUAUAAAUAAGUUUAUUCUGUUUAGGUUGACCAGAUUACCAUUUCGUUUUCCUUUCAGUUAGUAUUGUUAUGUUAAGCAACCUGAUACCCCUAAAAUAUGGAAUGAAACAAGCUGCUUAUUAACUUUCAAACCAAGUUUCAUUGUAUUCCAAAUUUUUCAUAGGGCAUUCAGCUGCACAGCAUAAACUUGUAUGUGCAAUAAAACAUAUCACCAUUGUAGUAGAGUAGAUAUCACUAUCUAGUUUGUGAAAAUUAGGAAUUCUGAAAAAUCAUAAAGGAUACAAAAGUGAUGAAAAUGUACAAAUGGGUCUGUGCUUGUAACUGAACAGUAAAUUUCACAUUCAAAUGAAAAAAAUAUAUCAUAGAGAUUUAACUUGAAGAAAUGUGCUAACUUACUGCAUUUUCCAGGUUGUCAUUGAGGGAAAAGAAAAACAGUUGUUUUUUUUGGGGUGGGGGGGGGGGAGAUACUAACAAUUGAAUAGUAAUAAUGUGGGAAAUGUCUUGUAAAUGGCCACGUACCGUGAAUGAAAUCUAUGUAAUAACCUGUUAGUGUAUUAUAUCUGUGGCAAGUUAUUUGCUUGUAUGUGUUGUAUUUUUUGACUUGGCUUUUAACAUGUUUCUGUAUAAAUUGGUUUGUAUAAAGUUCUGUUUAUAUUGUAAAUAGGAGAUGUGAAUAGUUGUAAAAUAUGUACAUACUUUUCUUAUGAACCAAAUCUCAUGUUUUAUUCAUAAAUAAACAUAAAUUUGAUGCAG